AUAACUACUGUGUAAUGAAUUUAUACAGAGAAAUGCCUGUUUGGAAAAAAGAUCUGGUCCGCUCUAUUGCUUUCACUUCAAAUCUAAUGCCAACGUCUCCAUCGGAAGUCAAGAUUAGUCAAAAAUCAACCUCAACGCCACCCCCACCCCAACCCUCCAUAAUCCAAAUUAAUAAUAAUUUUCCUAAUAGUGGAUUAUCGACUAAAAAUUCUUCUGUGAAUGGAGGAAGUCAUUCGCCAUCAAAUAAUAGUCAUAUUACUAGCAAUUCAUCCGACUCUCCAUCACCUCCCAGUGCUACUAACAUGACCUCACGUUCACAUUUAAACCAAAGUGAUUCAAAUGUUCGACAAAUUACUAAAUUAAAAAGAUUUUUGACAACUCUCUAUCAAUUUGCUAAUGAAAUAUCACAUGAAGUGGGAGAUCGUGUAAAACAAUUGAUAUUUGCACUCAUUAAUGGGACGAUUAGUACAGAAGAGUUUCAUCAGAAAAUCCAAGAGAUAACAAACUAUCCUUUGAGGCCAUAUGUCAUACCUUUUCUUAAGCUUCAUCUGCCAAUCCUUCAGACAGAGAUCGUGCACUUCGCACGUGUGGCUAAAACUAAUCCCUCACAGUAUCUGCGAGAACACGAGUCAUUGAUUCUCGACUCAAGCGCUCAAUUGACUGCACUAUCGGCUGGAGAGCCGUUUGAGAUAUUUCAACGAAAUGAUACACAAAAAGAUAAUCAAACCAACAAAAGACGGCAAUCGCCUGACAUAUUAAUAAAAGAAAACGGAUUUAAUGAAUCGGCAGCUGAUAGAGAGUCAGGUCCGCCCCCACCUAAAAGGCAUCAGUCCAUAAUAAGCCCAACAAUAGGCACACGUUUGAGUCCAGCCGGUUUGGCACCACUUUUGUUACACACUAGUGGUCAUCAUCACAGUCAUCACAUAACCAACCCGUCUAUACUACACUCACACCUAUCAACUUCUAGUCGUAGUAUAUAUGAUGAGACCACCAGUUCCAGCGCACCCGCUCUCUAUCAUAAUAACAAUAAUAACAGAGAAAAUGCAAUAAAUGGUAGAAACCAUUCAUUGCACGUUUCAGGCGAUCAUUCAAAUGAUAGAUUUUCAUAUGAAAGAGACUAUCGACCAGUGGCUGGAAUGUAUUCUCAGAUGCACCGGGAGUAUAGUGAGGAUAGGGAUAUGGAAGAGGAGUGGAAAAAUAUAAACACUAUGCUUAACUGUAUCCUUGGAAUGGUAGAGAAAACAAAGAGAGCUCUUAGUAUUCUUCAGCACAGAAGUGAUUCCCGAAACACCGAUUAUAAUCACUGGUCAGUCCCAGCACUGCGGGGAAGACAUUACAAUACUUUGGAUGUGUCAAAUCAUUCUUCACAUUCACACGAUUUUCAUGACAUCAAAAAACAAAGAAUUGAUGGCAUAGUUUCAAAUCACUUUCCAAAGACAGCCAUUUCUGAAAUGGAUAGAAUCGCUGAUAUUAGACGGGUUCCCAACUCUCACAAACAAUUGGAGGAAGCCGUUAAUGAAGUCAAACGUCAAGCAGUGGUUGAAUUACAGAAAGCUGUUUCCGCCGCUGAGACCAAAGCCAGUGAAUUAGUUGCCACCGAACGGAUAAAAAUGGAGAAACUAGUGUCUGAUGCCCGAAGACAAGCGGCUGAUGAGGCAUUGUCAGCAAUUACACGACAGGACGACUCAACUGAAAACUGUUGGAAUUGUGGCCGAAAAGCAAGUGAAACGUGCAGUGGAUGUAAUUCUGCCCGAUAUUGUGGCUCAUUCUGUCAGCACAAGGAUUGGGAAAAUCAUCACAGGGUUUGCCAACAGAACACAACCACUAAUGGCUUAAAUGGAUCGCAAACACUGAGCUCUACUUCUGACAAUAAGAUGAGCAAAAGCCCAACACCUGCUUCUAAUGCAUCCAACAGUUCGGCAAAUAUUGUCGUCAAAAGUAGUGCAUCUGCUCUUACUGUCGGUGCAGGUGAUGUCAGAGAUAAUAAUAAGAUAAUAAAAAACGAAUAAUCAACUCAAGUGUUAUGACAUUAAAUGGCUGAGAGUUUGUCACGACAUGAGACACAUUAAACAACUCCUU